AUGAAAGCUCUCUUCAGCAGCAUUGGUAUCACUAGAAGUAGUAGAACAGUGAGGUCCAGUUCGAACAUUCUUCCCUCAAAACAGAGCUUGCUGCAACCACUCAUCAUAUUUUUCCGUAGAUCUCACCACCCAUCAACAACAUCCACCCCCUCUCCCACUCAUCUGAACUCACUCCUCAACGCCACCGGUGAAAUCCAAAACAUUCGACACGCAACCCAAAUCCAUACCCAGAUCAUCACCAACAACUACACCUCCCUCGCCUUUCUCCUCAACAACCUCCUCAACACUUACGCCAAGUGUGGACAUCUCCAUCGAAGCCUUCUUACAUUCUCACACACCCACAAUGAUGCCAAGAACAUCAUCACUUGGACAUCUCUCAUCACCCAAUUCUCUCGUCGCCACAAACCCUUGGAAGCAUUGUGUCUUUUCAACCAAAUGCGGAGUUCGGGCCUCUCCCCAAACCAGUUCACUUUCUCUGCGAUCCUCUCCGCUUGCGCCAGUACUGCGAUUCUUGCUCACGGAGAACAAAUGCAUUCACUGAUCCAUAAACAUGGGUUUGAAACUGAUAUCUUCGUUGGUAGUGCCAUCAUCGAUAUGUACGCCAAGUGUGGCAACAUGGUCUCUGCAAAGACAACGUUCGAUGAAAUGCCUCAGCGAAACCUAGUCUCGUGGAACGUCAUGAUCGUGGGGUUUUCACAGAACAAGAAUCAUGAACAGGCUCUUGGGAUAUUCAUGGAGAUUCUCAAGGACAAUUCGGUGACUCUUGAUGAGGUGAGCUUCUCAAGCAUGUUGAGCACAUGCGCAGACAUGGGUAGCCUGGAUCUUGGAAGACAGGUCCAUGCGAUUGUGGUUAAGCAUGGUCUCAUACUUCGACCCUACGUCAAGAACUCGCUUGUGGACAUGUAUGGUAAAAGCGGGUCCUUUGCUGAUGCAAUCAAGUUGUUCGAGACCAUGGCAGCUAGAGAUGUUGUGACAUGGAAUGUGAUGGCCAUGGGUUGGGCCCAAAACGAUUGCUUUGAGGAAGCUUGCAAUUAUUUUUGGAUCAUGAGGAAUGAAGGGAUAUCAGCCGAUGAGGCAUCUUUCUCGACGGCCCUCUAUGCCUCUGCAAGUCUCGCAGCAUUGGAUCAAGGGACUUCGAUCCAUGAUCAGAUACUGAAAACUGGGUUCAUGGGGAAUACGUGCGUUCAAAGCUCACUCAUCACCAUGUAUGCAAAAUGUGGGAGUUUGUUUGAUGCGCUCCGAGUGUUCGAGGAGAUCGAGAACAGGACUGUGGUCUGUUGGACAGCCAUGAUCACGGCCUACCAACAAAAUGGCCGUGGAGACCAGGUGAUUGAACUAUUUGAGGAGAUGCUGGCAGAACGGAUCAAACCUGACCAUAUAACCUUUGUUAGUGUCCUUUCAGCUUGCAGCCAUACUGGGCGUGUGGAAGAUGGUUUCGGGUAUUUCAAUUCCAUGAGCAGAGUGCAUGCGAUGAAACCCGGACCGGAACACUAUGCUUGCAUGGUUGACAUGCUUGGUCGAGCUGGUCAGUUGAAUGAAGCAAAGAGCUUCAUCGAAUCGAUGCCGGUUAUGCCAGACCCAUCAAUCUGGGGAGCCUUGCUUGGAGCUUGCAGGAAUCAUGGGAAUCUUGAGAUGGGGAAACAAGUUGCAGAGAAGCUUUUUGAGGUGGAGCCAAAUAACCCAGGGAAUUAUGUGCUCCUUGCUAACAUCUAUAUGCGUCACGGACGGUUGGAAGAAGCAAAUGAAAUAAGAAGAUUGAUGGGAAUGAAUGGGGUAAGAAAGGAACCGGGGUGCAGCUGGGUUGACAUUAAAAACAUCACUUACGUGUUUACAGUGCAUGAUCGAUCUCAUUCUCGGACAGAUGAGAUCUAUAAAAUGUUAAGCAAGAUGGCGGAAUUGAUAAAGGAGAAAGGAUAUGUAGCUGAGAACCAAUUUGCGGUUAAUGACGCAGAAGAGUUCAAAGAGCAGAGGUUGUGGUAUCACAGUGAGAAACUGGCCCUUGCGUUUGGGCUUCUUACCCUUCCCGUGGGAGCCCCAAUUCGAAUAAAGAAGAACCUAAGAACUUGCGGAGACUGUCAUACGGUUAUGAAGUAUGUCUCAGAGAUUUUUAAAAGAGAAAUUAUUGUCAGGGAUAUCAAUAGGUUUCACCGGUUUGUUGGUGGUUUCUGCUCCUGUGGGGAUUACUGGUGACUCAGCUACUUUUAUUAUAUUAUUGAUACAUG